AUGUCGUCGUCACCUCCUGAUCGGCCUCCGGGCUAUGCUGAAGAGAACAAGGGGCCUUUAAUUCUGACGACCACUUCUAUCAUGACCGGGAUAGCCUUCCUGUUCGUUGCGGCAAGAAUCAUAAGCAGGCGAAUAUCGAUCAAGAAAAUUGCACUCGACGAUUACAUUACCAUUCUCUGCAUUGUACUGAGCAUCUUAUACGUCGGUCUUGCCUCGGUCGCGAUCCGCUAUGGAGGAGGCAGACACCUCGACACCCUCGAACCCAAAGAUUCUUCAAAAGCGAUUUACUACACGCUCGUCUCUUUCGUCCCCGGCGUCAUGUCCUUCACGAUUCCGAAAUAUGCAGUCGCGAUUCUUCUGGCAAAGGUCCUCGGUCCGGGAAAGAUCCAUCGCAUUGUUAUGUGGACUCUCUCGGUGGUAUACUUCCUUAUAGCGGUCGGAAUGCUCGUCAUCAACUUUGCGCAAUGUACUCCGGCCGCUACGCAAUGGGGUGGGGCGGAGGGCACAUGCUGGGAUAGGAGAAUCACGGUUGCGUAUGCUUUGGUUCUUGGAGUUGCAUCCGCGAUAUUCGACUUCUACCUGGCGAUAUACCCUACGAUUAUCCUCUUGGGACUGCAAAUGAACUGGAAGAAGAAGCUCGCAUUAUCAUCCUCACUUGGGUUUGGAUACUGUGCGGGUGCGGUCACCAUUUAUAAAUGCACCACUUUGCCUGGGCUGCUUCAUCUCCAAGACUUCACCUAUGCCGUUGAUGAUGUCGUACUCUGGACUAAUAUCGAGGCCAACUGCGUUCUCAUUGGCGCUUGUAUCCCAACCCUCUAUCCUCUCGUCAAAAAGGUGUUUGGCUCGUCGGCUCUAGGUGGAAGUACUCCGAAUGAGAACGACGGCUCGGGUCCUCAGAGGAACAAAUACAACAUCGUAACCAUCGGUUCCAGCGGAAAGAAGAGGAAGAUUUGGACAUCGACGUUCGAGCUCGAGACUACACGCGCCGCGGAGAGCCAAGAUGUCAUAUUGGGGAUCGAACAGGCCAGGUCGGUUCACUCGGGCACGGAGGGACAGCAAGGCGAGCGAGUCUAG